AUGGAGUUCAUUGGUUUUCUCAACGAGCAGAACAUCGACAUCGCCAUCGUCACAGAAACUCAUCUAAAGCCUGAAGUCAACAUGUACCUUCCUGAUUUCUGGCUCCUUAGGCUUGAUCGAACGGACUCUAGGGGUGGAGGAGUGGCUGUUAUUUUGAGAAGGAAUAUUCGCUGUAAGUUACUACCAUGUUUUCAACUGAGGACCAUUGAAGCUUUAGGGGUGGACGUUUCCACUUCUGUUGGCCCAAUCACCUUUAUCGCGGCCUAUUAUCCGCGGCAAACGAAUGUAAGAGAUGGCUCGACAGCAACCUUGAAACGUGACAUCGUGAAGCUCACUCGCAGGAGGGAAAACUUCAUUAUUGCCGGCGACCUGAAUGCCAAGCACCAAGCCUGGGGCAACAGUCGGCGUAACCAGAACGGAACUGUGCUCGCUGAAGAUCUGCAGGCGGCGCAGUACACCAUCUUGAGCCCGGACUCUCCCACCCGGUUGAGCCGAUCCGGUGCUCAUUCAACCAUCGAUUUUUUCCUCAUCAACAUGGCAAACAUAUCGAAUCCCGUCGUCUACCAGGUUCUCAGCUCGGACCACUAUCCGGUGGUGGCUGAGGUUGGCUCCACUAUCCAUAGGUUCCAAGUAUCCAGACGAAACUACCAUCAUGCUGAUUGGGUGCGGUUUCGGCAGUGCGUUGAUGAGUCCAUCGAUUACGAAGCCCAGCCGGAGACAACUGAUGACAUGGACCAGUGUCUUCAUCGUAUUAACGAGAUGAUUUCCCGCUCAAGGGAGAACAAUAUUCCAUCAUCCAGGCAAAUUGUGCUAAGCCGUUCUGGAAGAUCACGAAAUCCUCAACCCAUUCCACCACUGAUUCCACUGCAUCGCCCGACUGAUUCAAACAUUCUACUGAUAACCCCCACAGAGAAGGCUGCUGAAAUAGGUCAACAUUUUGUUAACUCUCAUAAUCUGGGACAACACAUGAUCAGCCCGCAUGAGGCGACUAUUGGUGAAAGUUCUACCAUCCUCCAAACGAUUCCGAACGUUUUUCCCGAAGAAUCGGAAAUUUCAGCUGACGAACUGUUGACCUAUAUCAAAUCAUCCAAAAACAUGAAGGCCCCAGGUUUCGACAACAUCCUGAAUCUGGAGCUCAAACAUUUGAGUCCCAGUUUUUUCAAUCAUCUGGCAUUGAUCUUCAACCAACGUCUCCGACUUGGCUAUUUCCCCUCAUGUUGGAAGUCAGCCAAAGUCAUUCCCAUCCGGAAACCUGGGAAGGAUCCCACGUCCCCUUCUAGUUACAGACCUAUCAGCCUUCUUUCGGGGUUAUCAAAGCUGUUUGAAAAAGCAAUAUACCAGCGUCUUUUGAUAUCUGCCGAAGGGAAUAACAUUUUGAUCGAUGAGCAGUUCAGUUUUAGGAAGGGUCGAUCGACUAUUCAUCAGCUGAUCCGAGUCACCAACAUUCUCAGACGGAACAAGUCUGUCUCUAAAACAUCAGCAAUGGCAUUGUUCGACGUGGAAAAAGCGUUCGAAAAUGUCUGGCAUGAUGGCUUGGUCUAUAAGCUGCAACGAUACGGUCUUCCAAUUUUCCUCGUGAAAAUCAUUCAGAGCUAUCUACUAGACAGGACAUUCCGAGUCUCUCUCAACGGCUCCAACUCCGAUGCUUUUUACACUAGCUCGGGUGUACCACAAGGAAGUAUUCUUGGACCCAUUUUAUUCAACCUAUUUACAUCUGUCAUUCCAACUCUCCCUGAUGGAGGAAUAUUGUCGCUGUUCGCGGAUGACACAUCCAUAAAUACUUCACCUGAUCCCACUAUCACCAACAACUAUAUCGCUAUCUAA